AGAAAUCCAUAACGAAGGACUUGUAUUCUUCUUCUCCUUAAAAUAGGGAAGAGAGAGAGAGAGAGAGGCACUUUGGAGAUUGCAGCCUGCAAGCAACUUGCAAAAGCAACCUGAUAAGAUAUCUCCAAGGCGAAAACCCUUUACUUUAAAAGCUUCAAAAGAAGAAGGUAAGAUCAGAGAGUAGCAUGUAUUGCUCAGCCUUUAGGGUAAUGAAGUCUAUAGCUCAGAGUUUGGAAGACAAUUAUUAAGAGGCGUGGUUGCAGGAUUGGGGUUCAGUUCUGGUUGUUGAUCAAACAAAGGGAUUGGUUGGGAGUUUGUGAUCGCUAUUCUUUGUGAACUUUCUAGCUAUGGGGGAGUAUGACGCAGCGGUUCCUGAAUUAGAAGGAGAAGAAAACUUAAUUGCUGCUGCAAAACAGAUUGUGAGGGCACUAGGGUCGAAAAGGAACCUCACAGAUGAUGCGAAGAGGAUCUUGGCAGAGCUUGGCACCCAAUUGACUACCAUAACCACCAUCAGUGAAAAUGAGGUUGAUGAAAUAAGUGAUGAUGAAGGCAGGCUAAAUGUUAUUCAGGACAAGAUUAUGAUCUGGGAGACAGAUCAGUCUAUGAUCUGGGACUUGGGUCCCAAUGAAGCUAAUGAGUAUAUAAAUUCUGCUGAUGAAGUACGAAAAUUGACAGAAAAGCUGGAGGCUAUGUGUUUGAAAGAUGAUGGAGAAAAGGAGCUGCUAAGGAGGGCGCAUGAUGUUCUUCAAAUCGCAAUGGCAAGGCUUGAGGAAGAGUUUAAGCAUAUGCUCAUUCAAAACAGGCAACCAUUUGAGCCAGAGCAUAUGUCUUUUCGUUCAAGUGAAGAGGAUGCUGGCUCAGUAGUUUCUCUUGGGGAUGAAUCAUUUGAGGAAUCUCAGCAUAGAGAUAGUGUUAGCAGAAAUUCAGAGGAAUAUAUUGUUGAUUUAGUCAAUCCUAACACGAUUCCUGAGCUUAGAUGCAUUGCAAAUUUGAUGUUCAUUUCUGGUUAUGAUCAUGAAUGUUCCCAGGCAUAUGUUAGUGUUCGACGGGAUGCCUUGGAUGAGUUUCUCCUUAUUCUUGAAAUCGAGAAACUGAGCAUUGAAGAUGUGCUGAGAUUGGAGUGGGGCAGCUUAAAUUCCAAGAUCAGGAGAUGGGUUCGGACUAUGAAGAUCUUUGUGCGGGUCUAUCUUGCUAGUGAGAAAUGCCUAUCUGAACAGAUUUUUUGGGAUCUGGGAACAGUUAAUUUGGUUUCUCUUGCUGAGGUUUCAAAGGCUUCAAUGCUGCGGCUUUUAAAUUUUGGUGAAGCUGUAUCUAUUGGUCCCCAUAAACCAGAAAAGCUGUUUCCUAUACUUGAUAUGUAUGAGGUCCUAGCAGAUCUUCUUCCAGACAUAGAUUCCUUAUAUGCAGAUGAGGGUGGUGCUCGUGUUAGAAUUGACUGUCGAGAAGUUCUAAGGAGAUUGGGGGACUCUGUAAGGGCAGCAUUUCUCGAAUUUGAAAAUGCUAUUUCAACAAGCACCUCAACAAACCCUAUUGCAGGAGGUGGAAUUCAUCCCCUCACCAAGUAUGUUAUGAAUUACCUCAAUGCUCUCACUGGCUACCGGGAAACUCUCAAUUUUCUCCUCAAGGACCAAGAUGGAGAGGAUACCAUGUCAUUGUCCCCUGACAUUAAUCCAUCUACAGAAGAAGAGAACGCUAGAGAAGGUGCAUGUGAUGGUUCACCACUGGCGCUCCACUUCCGAUCAGUUGCUUCAAUUCUAGAAUGCAAUCUUGAUGACAAGGCCAAGCUAUAUAGAGAUGCUUCUUUGCAGCACAUAUUCUUGAUGAACAACAUUCAUUACAUGGCUCAAAAAGUUAUGAAUUCGAAUCUUCAGUCUAUACUUGGAGAUGGGUGGAUUCGAAAGCACAACUGGAAAUUCCAGCAGCAUGAGAUAAACUAUGAAAGAAAUACCUGGAGUUCUAUCCUCGCUAUACUGAAGGAAGAGGGGAAUUCCAAUCCUUCAAGAACUCUUCUCAAGGAAAGGUUUCGGAAUUUUUAUACCGCUUUUGAGGAGGUUUACAGGACGCAGACAGCGUGGUCAAUCCCAAAUGCUCAUCUACGAGAAGAUUUGCGAAUCUCAACAUCCCUCAAGGUGAUCCAAGCUUACCGGACAUUUGUCGGAAGACAUACAAAUCAAAUUAGUGACAAGCACAUCAAGUACAGUGCAGAUGAUUUACAGAAUUACUUGUUGGAUCUCUUUGAGGGGUCUCAAAGAUCAUUGCACAAUCCCCACAGGAGAUCAUAGUCAUUUCUUAAACCUGGGGUUUAGGCUUUUAGUUUUAUACCUCCUCUGCUAUUGUAAUAUUUUCUUUCUCCUCCGCUCUUCUAAUUUGCACUUGAUCGAUAAAAGGCCAAGGUGGCCUGGCUCGUACCAUCACUAGCCAAAAUGUCUGGAAAAUCUCGGUUCUACAAUAUGUAAUGUAUGAGUGGAAUAAAAAAAAAAGGUUUAUCCUGUA